AAUCAUCGCAAUUGUGCCCACCGAACCCGCCACAACAAACUACUCACACUUUACGUUGCUAUCAGUUGUUCCAGCAAACGUUUUCAGUGCGGUGCGGUGCAAAUAUCAUUUUGUUUUAAAAUUCAUUUCCAGCAUGAUAUGAAAUUAUAAUCAACACAAUAUAUUAUGGCUGCAAAGAAACUUUUACUGCUGUUGCCAGCGGUGUUGUUUCUUCUGGAGGUGGAUGCGUUAGGAAAACGAAGUAUUGAUUUAAUCGCAGCUCAUGGUCUAAUCUCAGACGGCAGGUUACCACGAGAAGUUAUCCCUAAUCGAUACAAACUUGAAAUUCAACCCUUCCCCAAUGACGGGAACUUUAAGGGAACAGUUAAAAUUAACAUCACAUGGGUUGAAAGGACCGACGAGAUUACUCUUCACGCUGAUCCGGCGUUAGAAAUUGUUGAAACUCUAGUCACACAAUUUGCUCCAGAUGAUGAAACGGAGAAACUUUCUUCAACUCCUCUUCCACCAACUCCUGUUGCGGUUAAAGAAAUAACCAAAACCCCUAAGAAACCCUUACUGGUCAUAAAAUUAGAUAAAGAAUAUGGACAGGGCACUCAAGCCCAAAUUACUCUUAGGUUUAACGGAAAACUCUUCAAUGAUACGUCUGAAGGUCUUUUUAGGCAUUUUUACAUCGAUUCAAAGACUAACGAGAAGAAAUGGUACAUUGCUUCCCAUCUGAGACCUAAUCUGGCAAGACGUGUCUUCCCUUGUUUUGAUGAACCAGCAUACAAGGUCCCGUUUGAGAUCAGUAUAGCUAGACAAAGAAAAAUGGUUGCUUUGUCCAAUACUCCAUUAAAAUCAACUUCUAAUAUGGACAAAAACCCGUCAUGGGUUUGGGACCACUUUGAUGAAACACCUCCUAUGAGUACUUUUACUGUUGGAAUUGUUGUAACCGACUUUGCUUCCUAUAUCUACAACACAUCGACAGAAGAUGCUUUGAAAUGCGUUCUACAAGUCAAAGUAUGGGGCAGACCUGAUUACAUAAGUUCUUUGGAAGAUGCUGGCAAGAAGAUUGUGAAGUCUAUGAAAAUUUUGGAAGACUUUUGGGGCACGUCAUAUCCGUUUCCAAAAUUAGACUGCUUAGCUUUGCCAAAUUACCAAGCAACAAGACCUGCUGACAACUGGGGAUUAAUUCUAUUCAAGGAAAGUGAGCUUGGCAGCAAGACCACCUGGCAUAUUGCUCAAGAACUGGUCUAUCAAUGGCUUGGUGCCAUGGCCACACCCUUCUGGUGGAGUGAUGCCCAUGUAAACCACGCACUUGCACGUUACUUGACAGCUUACACUACAAUUCAGCUCUUGGAUGGCACGGAGAAUUACAACAACUGGCCCAUUACCAUGCUUUACUCAAUUUAUUAUGAAUUCAGUAAGAGAUAUCCUCAUGGCAAAUCAACAGCAAUCAAGCAAGAUUCUGCCUCGACGAAAACUGAACUUGUUUUCCGUAUGCUCAAUUACACACUUGGAGAACCCACUUUCAAACAUGCAAUGCAAAAAUUCAUGGCCGACAGACAAUUCAAAACAUUCUUUGGUGACGACAUUUGGUCCACUUUCACGGAACAAGCUAGAAAUGAUGGUGUCCUGGACCCAUCCAUGUCUAUUAAUGAAAUUGCAGCCAGUUGGAUUACCAAAGACCGUUUACCAGUAGUAAACGUCACUAGAAACUAUCAAGAUAACACAGCGACUAUCCACCAGAGGGUGUACCUUCGAGAACGGCCACAUGACGUACCAGAUCAAGAAAAGUUCUUAUGGUGGAUCCCUAUUGUGAUGAUCAGACAAGAUAAACUCAAUUUUACAAACUCUACACCCACAGUAUGGAUGAAAAAAGAGCGACAAAUUACAGUAACUGACCUACCUAAAUCCAAUAAAUUUAUUAUAAUAAAUCCAGAGGAAAUCGGGCCUUUCCCGGUAUUAUACGACAAUGAUAACUGGAACAUGUUGGCACAGUAUCUAGCUGAUAACAAGGUCCGAACAACGAUUCCAGUUAAUACCCGAGCUAAAUUAUUGCAUGAUGCGUGGAAUCUUGCCUAUGCUGGUGAUUUAUGUUUUGGUACCGCCUUGAACAUGACAUUAUUCUUAAGAUACGAAAGGGAUUACAUUGCUUGGGAUCCUGUCUUUACUAUGAUUGAUCACAUUGGGAGACAUAUCGAUAGUUCAGAAGUGCAUAAGAAAUUCCAGUCCUACGUUAGACUACUUCUAACUCCAUUAUACGAAGAACUUGGCAAUGAGCCACAAGAAGGGGAAUCUGAUGGUCGAGCGCAUCUUAGAAGUUCAUCAAAGGUGUUCUUAUGUCAAGCUGGUUACAAGCCCUGUAUUGAUGAAGCUCAAGCAGCGUUUAGGAAAUGGAUGGAGAGUGAUAAUCCAGAUGAAGGCAAUCCAGUAGCAAAUCAAUACAUUUGUCCUGUAUUCAAAUGGGGUACCAAUGAAGAGUGGGACUUUGGUCUACAGCGAAUCAUCAAAUUCCCCGCGACAAGAAAAGCGAAUGAACGCACUUAUCUUCUAAAAACGCUCGCGGGUUGUCCAAUUGACGCCUGGAAGAUCGAAAAACUCCUGAAUAUAACUGUCUUGGAAGAAAACGGAAACUUCACCGAUAAUGAUGUGUAUCUCAUCUUCAGCAUGUUGACCGGCGGAGCAAGUGGUUACACCACAUUGUUUAAUUUCCUCGAGAAGAAUUGGGAUGUCAUCAAAGUCAGGUUUGAAAACAAACCGCACCUUUGGAACAGCUUAAUCACAUCAGCUACCACAGUAUUCAAAACACAAGAAGGUCUGGAUAUGGUUUCUGAGUUAUACUUAGAGAAACAAGGUGAAUUCGGAACCGCUGAUUUUGUCAUUGAGAAGGCGCUCAAGAACAUCAAAGAAGAAACGAAAUGGAGUAAUGAAAAUCUUCCAGUCAUCGAGAGGUGGCUGGAUGAUUAUCUAAAGAUUAACGAUGUUUAGAUAUUUAGAUAUUUAACUCUUAACACUUAUUAUUUCUUUUUCGCAGUGAAUGUACAUUUGUGUAUGACUAAACGUAUGACAAAAAUAUUUUUCCUAUCGUGUAUAUUUGAACUGAAUUGUAAAUCCUCAUUAUUUUUUUAGAACCAAAUUUAUGUUAGUUAUGUUUCCAAACGAUAAUUAUGUGUAUAUCAUUAUGUAUAAGUAAAAUAUUUUAAGAAGUCUUUGUUCAGAAAAUAUAUUUUGUAAAGAAAAA